AUGUCUUCAGCUAUAAUAAGAACAAAAGAUCGAAGACAAGAAGGUUAUCAAUCUUUUACAAAUCCAAAUCAAAGUCAUAAUAAUAGAAGUAACAAGAAUAAAUGGAAUAAGAAUAAGAAUAAUAAUAAUAAUAAUAACAACAACAACAAUAACGAUUUUAAUAUUAAUAAUACUAAUAAUUCUCAACACUCAAUUAAUCUAACAUCAAUAACUCAACAACAUCCAAAUCCUAGCCCAUCAUUCACAAAUCAUUAUCACAAUAACAGUUAUAUUAAUAACAUUAACCAUAAUACCAACAAUCAUGCUACUAAUGUUGCUAAUAAUCAUUUUUCAAUAUCUCCAGGUCCAAAUUCAUUCAAACAAAUUGAACAAAUAGUUUAUGAUGAAAGUUCUAGCAGACAUAUGCAUGAUCGAAUGUUAUUUCUACUUUUUAAUUUAGUUGGUAGGAAUGUUAUUGUCACUUUAAAAAGUGGUGUAAAAUAUCAAGGUUUUUUCAUGGCAGCAUGUACAGAUGGUGGAAUUGGCGUGGUGUUAAGAUUAGCCAAAAGAGUUUUAUCCAAAAGUGAAGAAAAAACCACAUCAAAUCCUGCAAAAGAAUCUUUUAUCAUAUUAGAAAAGGAUCUUAUGGAUAUAUGUGCUACUAAUGUUGACUUUUCUGCAUCAGAAAAAUCAAAUUUAGAACAUAAUUUAGGCCAAGAAAAUGGUGAUACUUGGGAUCAAUUUGCUGCAAAUGAACAAUUGUUUGGAAUUGCCACUGAUUUCAAUGAAGAAAUUUAUACCACAAAAUUGGAUCGCUCAAAAGCUGAUUUUAAAGAACGAGAAAAGGCUGCUAUCGCUCUUGCAAAUGAAAUUAACAGAACUGCUACUACAAAUACUCAUAUGCUAGAAGAACGUGGUUGUAUCAUUGAUGAAAAUCAAAUGGACGAAGAAGAACGUUACGGCGCUGUUAUUCGAAAUCGUGAUCCAAAAGAAACAAAAUCAUUUUCAUCCAUUAAUAACAACAACAAUAAUAAUGGUGGGGAUGGUGAUAAUAUUUUAAAGGCAAUACCUUUAACUAAUGGAGCUGCUGCAACUACUAAUGAAACAGCUACACCUGUACAAAAGAUGUCUAAUUUGGCUCAAUUCCGAAUAACAGAACCCAUUGAUGUAUUAAUUCAAAAGAUUAUUAAUAGAUUUCGACAAUUUGCAACCAACGAAAAAGAAAGACUACAACACAAAAAACAAGCUAUAUUUAGAAAAGAAAUGGAUAAAAAAGCCGCUGAAUUACUUGAAUGGGGCCAAGGCUUUAAGUUAGAUUUGCCAUUACCAAAAGAUCUUAUUCCAAUUUUGACAAAAGAUGAAUCUAAACGUCAACAGCUUGAAGCUAAAUCUGUUGUCACUAAUACCAAUAUUGAUAGAAAAUCACCUGAUUCAUCACCUUUCUUUGGAAAUCAACAAUUAAAGAAAAAUUCUGCAACAAUUAAAGAUGGUUUUCAUAAAGGAAAACCAUUAAUAAAUCCAAAUACAAUUCUUGUCAAUCCAAGUUAUGGAUUUAUGCCUUACCCUGUUGCACCUUUUCGAUAUCCAAAUUCAACUCAAUAUGGUGUAGUCCCUUUACAACAACCUACACAAAUGUCAUAUAUGCAACCAAGGUUUGUGCCUAGUAUGCCAUUCACUACACCUUCAGUUCCAUCAACUGGUGCACCUCAAAUAUACAAUCCACAAAUCCAACCAAUGGUUCCACAACAUUUUGGCACGCAGGGAUUUCCAUCUCCAAUGAUUCCAAAUGGAAUGCGUCCACAUAUGUAUCAACAAUAUCAAAAUCCACAUGUAAUACCACCAGUUAUGAGAUAUUCAGUACCUCAAGCACUGCCAAAUUUGGGACAAAGACCUAUGAUGAUGAUGGAACCUCAUUAUGUAAAACAAUCUGAAACUAACCCAAUAAGUAAAUUAAAAAAGUAA